AUGGAUGUCCGUUUCGCCGAGUCCAGCGCACCCUUCCGGCGGAUCGAAGAGGUCCAGUUUGGGAUCCUCUCGCCAGAGGAAAUUAGGGCCAUGUCUGUUGUCAAGAUUGAGUAUCCCGACACCAUGGAUGAAGCGCAACUCAACCCACGCCUGGGUGGCCUGUUGGAUCCACGACUUGGCACGAUCGACCGUAACGUCAAGUGUCAAACGUGCAAUGAAAAUCAAGCAGAAUGUCCUGGCCAUUUCGGUCAUAUUGAACUUGCAAAACCAGUCUUUCACAUUGGCUUCAUCAUCAAGUGCAAGAAAAUCCUCGAGUGCAUUUGUUGGAACUGCGGCAAACUCAAAAUCGACCCAAGUCAUCCCAAGUUUGCUGAUACGCAACGCUUCAGAGAUCCAAAAGUCAAGCUGAAUGCCGUGUGGCAAUUGGCAAAGUCCAAGAUGAUUUGUGAGAAUGAUGCACCAAAAUCCGAGGAUACACUGGAAGAACUCAAGAAUCACGGUGGAUGCGGGAAUGCUCAGCCAACCAUCAGGAAGGAAGGCCUCAAACUUUGGGGACACUGGAGACGCGCAAAAGAUGCAGAGGAACAGCCGGAGAAGCGGUUGUUGACACCGGCCGAAGUACACUCUGUCUUCAAGCACAUCCCAUCAGAAGAUCUCGUACGGAUGGGACUUUCUGAGAAUUAUGCACGGCCAGACUGGAUGGUCAUUACAGUCUUGCCGGUGCCACCACCUGCCGUGAGACCAUCCAUUGCCGUGACGGGAAGUUCUCGCGGUGAAGAUGAUUUGACACACAAGCUCGCUGAUAUCAUCAAAGCAAACGCUAAUGUCCGCAAGUGUGAAGUCGAAGGUGCACCAGCGCAUGUUGUCAAGGAGUAUGAAGACUUGCUGCAAUACCACGUUGCUACUUACAUGGACAAUGAUAUUGCGGGAUUACCACAGUCGAUGCAGAAAUCAGGCAGACCAGUCAAGUCAAUUCGUGCGCGUCUCAAGGGUAAAGAGGGUCGGCUGCGUGGCAAUCUGAUGGGCAAACGUGUAGACUUUUCUGCACGAACAGUCAUUACGGGUGACCCCAAUUUGUCUCUCGAUGAAGUCGGUGUACCACGGUCUAUUGCGCGGACACUCACGUACCCGGAACGUGUGACACCAUACAACAUUGCUAAAUUGCAAGAGCUCGUGAUGAAUGGUCCAGAUGAACACCCGGGAGCGCGUUAUGUCGUGCGAGAUUCUGGAGAGCGUAUUGAUCUACGCUACCAUAAACGCGCGUCGGAUAUUCCAUUGCAGUAUGGAUGGAUCGUUGAGCGGCAUUUGCAGAAUGGCGAUGUGGUGAUUUUCAAUCGUCAGCCUUCUUUGCACAAGAUGAGUAUGAUGGGACAUCGUGUACGCGUCAUGCCCUACUCCACCUUCCGUCUCAACCUCAGUGUCACGUCCCCGUACAAUGCUGAUUUCGACGGUGACGAAAUGAACUUGCACGUCCCACAAUCCGAAGAGACUCGCGCGGAAAUCACGGAAAUUUGCAUGGUUCCACGGCAGAUUCUCGCACCGCAGGCGAAUAAGCCUUGUAUGGGUAUUGUUCAAGAUGCAUUGUGUGGUGUCCGCAAGUUUACCCUGCGAGAUACCUUCAUGGCGCGUGAACAUGUCAUGAACAUUCUCAUGUGGGUGCCUGGCUGGGAUGGUCAUGUGCCGCAACCUUCUAUCUUGAAGCCCAAGGCGCUUUGGACGGGCAAGCAGAUUUUAUCCAUGGUUAUUCCUGCUGGUAUUAAUUUGUCGAGGGAGGAUGAGAAGCAAACACCAGACAAUGCCGACGACAAGGGUGUCAUGAUUGAAGAUGGUGAGAUUUUGUAUGGUGUCAUCAACAAAAAGGUUGUUGGCGCCACGCAAGCUGGUCUCAUUCACAUCAUCAUGAAGGAGAAGGGCUGGGAAGCAACGCGUGACUUUUUCACUGCUUGUCAAAUGGUCAUCAACUACUGGUUCCUGCAUAAUGGUUUCUCCAUUGGUAUUGGCGAUACGAUUGCAGACAAGACCACCAUGGCUGAAAUCACAGCAGAGAUCAACAAGGCAAAGGAGAAGGUGCAAGGUAUUGUCAAGGAUGCUCAGCUCAAUCGUCUCAAGCAAGAGCCUGGUAUGACGCUACGCGAGUCCUUUGAGUCCAACGUCUCUGCUGCUCUCAACGGCGCGCGUGACACGGUCGGUCAAAAUGCAGAACGCUCCUUGUCCAACCAAAACAACGUCAAGCAAAUGGUGACGGCAGGUUCCAAAGGUUCCUUCAUCAACAUCUCCCAAAUGUCUGCCUGUGUCGGUCAGCAAAUGGUGGAAGGAAAGCGAAUUCCCUAUGGCUUCAAGUUCCGCACGUUGCCGCACUUUACAAAGGAUGACUACUCACCCGAGUCGCGUGGAUUUGUGGAGAAUUCUUACCUGCGUGGUUUGACACCACAAGAAUUCUUCUUCCAUGCCAUGGCCGGUCGUGAAGGUCUGAUUGAUACAGCCGUCAAGACUGCCGAGACAGGUUAUAUUCAGCGUCGUCUUGUCAAGGCGCUCGAGGAUGUCGGUGUUAACUAUGAUGGUACCGUGCGCAACUCGCUUGGCGAUAUUAUCCAAUUCGCUUAUGGUGAGGAUGGGCUCGAUGCCGCUUCAGUGGAAUACCAAGUGCUCGACUCCUUGCGUCUUGGUCACGCAGAGUUUGAGCAGCAGUACAAGAUUGAUGUCAUGGAUGAUGAACGCUCGUUACGUCCCUCUCUACUCGAAGCCGGCAAUGAAAUUGCAGGUGAUGUAGACAUUCAGAAUUUGCUGGAUGACGAGUUUGAGCAAUUGACAGCUGAUCGCUACGAGUUGCAGCACAACAUCUUCCCCGGUGGUGAUGCGCGUUGGCCAUUGCCAGUCAACGUCUCACGAAUUAUUCGCAAUGCGCAGCAAAUCUUUCAUUUGGACGACCGCAAGCCCUCAGACUUGCGUCCAGCAGAUGUCAUUCAUGGGGUUCGCAAUUUACUUUCGCGAUUGAUUGUCGUUCGUGGCGAAGACCGUAUCUCGUUGGAGCAUCAACAGCAGGCGACAGGAUUGUUCCAGAUGCUGCUGCGGUCCAAGCUGGCUGUGCGCAAGGUGAUUGAAGAGCAUCAUUUGAAUGCCAUGGCGUUUGAAUGGGUUAUUGGAGAAAUUGAAUCUCGCUUCAUUGCAAGUGUUGCGCAUCCAGGUGAAAUGUGCGGCACUUUGGCCGCACAGUCCAUUGGUGAGCCUGCUACGCAAAUGACGUUGAAUACCUUCCACUAUGCUGGUGUGUCGUCCAAAAAUGUCACGCUUGGUGUGCCGCGACUCAAGGAGAUUCUCAAUGUUGCCAAGAACAUCAAAACUCCGUCGCUAACCGUGUAUCUCGAACCAGAAUACUCGAAAGCCAUUGAAGAUGCCAAGAAGAUUCAGAGUGUCAUCCAGUACACCACUUUGCGCACCGUGACAUCGGCGACAGAGAUUCACUAUGAUCCUGAUCCACGCACCACUGUCAUUGAGGAAGACCGCGACUUUGUGGAAGCUUACUUUGAGAUUGAGGGUGAUACAGAUGUCUCACGACACUCAUCGUACCUCUUGCGUCUCGAGCUUGACAAUGCCAAAGUCAUUGACAAGGCGCUCACAAUGGCAGAUGUCGCUGGCAAGAUUGCAGAAAUCUUCGAUGGGCAAAUGCACAUCAUUUGGUCGGACGACAAUGCCGAGAAGCGUGUACUGCGUUGUCGCGUACUUAUUGACGACAAGGAUGACUCUGAAGUGGAGGAAGACUUGCUUCUGCGCAAUAUUGAAUCGCACAUGCUCGAGUCGAUCGACUUACGUGGUAUCAAGGGCAUUGAGCGUGUAUUCUUGAUUGAGCACAAGCGCACACAGCUCAAUGAGGAGACUGGCAAAUUUGAUCGCUCACAAGAGUGGGUGCUCGAGACGGAUGGUAUUAAUCUUGCUGAAGUCAUGGCAGUCGAAGGCGUUGAUUCUACGCGCACCUACAGCAAUUCCUUUGUUGAAAUUCUGCAGGUUCUUGGCAUUGAAGCAACACGCUCGGCCUUGCUUCGCGAACUCCGUGCAGUCAUUGAAUUUGAUGGUUCUUAUGUCAACUACAGACAUUUGGCGCUUCUCACAGACACCAUGACAUCGCGCGGUCAUCUUAUGGCCAUCACGCGACACGGUAUCAACCGUGCAGAGACUGGUGCACUCAUGCGUUCUUCCUUCGAGGAGACUGUUGAAAUCUUGAUGGAUGCCGCUGCAGCCGGAGAGACCGAUGACUGCCGUGGUGUAUCAGAGAAUGUCAUGCUUGGACAGACCGCACCUGUUGGCACAGGCAACUUUGAUGUGCUCCUCGAUGAAGCCAUGAUGGCUGAAGUCCGGGUUGACCAUCGCAUGCUUGGCAUUGGCGCCGACACCAUGGUCCAGCAGGGUGGAAGCGCGACACCGUAUGAUGACCGUUCGCCGAUGGCUUACAGCACAGACUAUGGCAAUGAUGACGGCAAUGCUGCAUUCUCGCCGCUUGUUGCAUCUGGCUCCGAAACACCGGGAGGAUUCAAGGACAUCAGUGGUGGCUUUGCAAGUCCAGCGUAUGGUGCACAGUCGCCAGGAUAUGCUCCGCAAUCGCCUGGUUACUCGCCUGCCUCACCUUCAUACUCUCCGACGUCUCCUGGUGGUCGUGGUGCAACGUCGCCUGGUUAUUCGCCCGCUUCACCUGCGUACUCGCCGACAAGCCCAUCUUACUUUGGUGCUACGUCGCCAAGUUACAGUCCUGUGUCGCCGGGUUACCAAGCGACAAGUCCAAGCUAUUCGCCGACGUCGCCAUCCUACUCGCCAACGUCCCCGAGCUACUCUCCAACGAGCCCAAGCUACUCGCCCACAUCACCGAGUUACUCGCCAACGAGUCCAAGCUAUUCACCUACAUCGCCAAGCUAUUCCCCGACGAGUCCUAGUUACUCUCCAACGUCUCCUAGCUACUCGCCUACGUCGCCAAGCUAUUCCCCAACCUCGCCGAGCUACUCGCCCACGUCGCCCUCGUAUUCGCCGACUUCGCCAAGCUAUUCGCCGACGUCGCCGUCAUACUCGCCAACGAGUCCAAGCUACGCUCCACAGGCCAAUGCUGCGACGAAUAGGCAAGCAGCGAGCUAUUCGCCUACAAGCCCGAGCUACUCCCCGACAAGCCCAAGCUAUAGCCCGACCAAUAAGUGA